AUGCUGGAGCCGUGAGCGUUCCCGCCGGUCACUUCCCCAGCGGAGCUGGCUUUGGGAGCGAGCGCUUGUCCAGGAUGUCCCCCAAGAAGUCCAAGGGUGCCGCGGGCAAGAGCCUGGAGAAGAAGAAGCCUCCGAAGAACAAGCCCGAGUGCGGCAAGAGCUUCAGCUACAGCUCGGCCUUCAUCAAGCACCAGCGGACCCACACGGGCGAGAAGCCCUACAAGUGCACCAGCUGCGGCAAGAGCUUCUUCGAGAGCUCGGCCCUCAUCCGGCACCAGCGCAUCCACACCGGCGAGACGCCCUACCAGUGCCCCGACUGCGGCAAGAGCUUCAAGCAGAGCUCGUCCCUCAUCACCCACCUGCGCGUGCACACCGGCGAGAAGCCCUACAAGUGCCCCAUCUGCGGCAAGAGCUUCACCGACAAGUCCACCCUCACCCAG